AGCAGUAACUUUGCAGAUAGGCCAUCGUCCCCUCGGCCUCAGCCCUCCUUGGGUGCGCCGCAUGCAUGAGAGGUUUUGAUGGUUGCUUGGUGUUGCUGCCUUUUUCAGCUUGUUUCCUUACCUUUGGGUGAUUAGGUCGCUGUCUUUUUUGCUGGUUCGGAAGAUCCACCAGCAUAGUUCGAUGCGUAAAUGGAGACCUCAGCUUUUUUAGCAUAGUUUAUGUAACGCAUAAGAUCUUCCACACUGUUGAAUGAAGAAGCCCUAACCAAACGAAAUCAAGAAAUCGAAAUCGUGUAAUCGCACAAAACACAACCUCGCUGGUUCGAUCAACCUUGGAUACUCAACCACACAAUGACGAGGGAGAAAGUAGAGAAAAAGAGUAACAGAAGAAAUGGCAGAAGAGAGCUUUCUGGAUUUGAAACCCAACUUCAGAAAAAUCCGAGAGAAACUUUUACUUUGCAAUAAAUGGCGGAUUCGAUUCCUGAUGGUUGGCAUGCCGAAAAUGAAAUUGGUAAAAAUGGUAAAGAAAUUAAGUGUUAUAAAAAUGAUAUAGGCCAGACAUUCUACAGUGAGCAAGAUCUUAUGCGUUACAUAAACUAUGCUAAAAGAGCUAAGGUCUCCAUUAACGCACCGAACUAUACUCCUCCACCUGUUGGCGCAUCCCAAGGCAGAAAAAAACAGCGACCUAAUCCCCCAAAGGUAAGGAAAGAAGCUGGAAAGGCAGCAGCAGUGAAGCAACGCUCAAAAGGUCUCAUGCAUGCUUCCAAUCAAAGUGAUGAGGAAAGCGAUAACCCAGAAGUGGUAUCUCUGCCAAGCGAACUCCCAAAGAAAGUUCGUCGUGAUAAGGCCCCUAAUUCAGCUUCUGCAUCUGAUGACGAGGAUGCUGAAUUCCAUCUAAGCAAUUAUUACCAAUAAGAUGCUUGGAAGUUGUGAGCCCAAACAUGUACCAGCUUUGAUAAAUGGUUAAGCUAGGGCGGACUUAUGAAUAAGCUUGAGCCUUGUUGGUGAUGAAGGCUGCUAAGCAACGUGUCAAGGAGGCAAGUUGCCUUGAGGUAAACUCCUCAACAACCCCUACUCAGGAGAACAAAAUGAUAUCAAAUGUAAUCAUUAACAGUUUGUGCGACUCUAAAAGCCAUUUGGAUUGCUUUAAUGUUUUGUGUGUUUUUUAUAUGACUCCCUAUGCAAUCUUUUGAAACUCAAAAUAUUUGAAUUACUCCUGCUUUUGGAAA